AAACGAUAUUCAGGCACUGUUUUCUAAGAUAAAUUGUAAUCACUCUAUUUACCAACUCUAUGAACUGUAACAUCUGACAGAUGACCAGCAACUGUGGGAUGUAAACAGCGGAAAACUAUCAAUUUCUUAUCAGUUGAUAUCAAACGUCAUACUUCCCGGUAAAACUGCAUAAUUUGGGAAACGAGUCGAUUAGGGUUUUACAAGAACAGCUCGUUUGUGGCAGAAUUCCCUAAAUUCGUGCAUAUUACGCGGUCGUCAGGCCGGGUCAUUAAGACGUCGUUAAUUACUAAUUGAUUUUUGAUAUUCUACAGGUAUAUAAGAUAGGCGUGGUGUAGUUUUGAGCAUUGUGUUAGCAGCUUCGAAACAAUAGCAACUAUGCAGUGCAUGAUUGUCGCAGCUUUGGCCCUGGUGGCUGCCGUGCAAGCCAAGCCCUACGGGUUAGGUGGUCUCGGUCUUGGAGCUGGGAUCCGGGGAGGCCUCGGUGGGCUUGGUGCCGGUAUUGGCGGAGGUCUUGGCCUUGGCGGUCUUGGAGCUGGCAUCGGGAGCGGCAUUGGUCUUGGAGGGAUCGGAGGUGGAGAAUACGGUGGUGGUGGCAGCUACGGCCAGGGUGGCUACGCUGGAGGAGAGUCAGGGUACGGAGACGCUGGCUACGGAGGCGGUGCUAUGAGCGCUGGCCAUGAUAUCGGUCACCAGGAGAGCGACUUCAGCCAGGAGGUUCACCACCACCAGUCUUCUGGCCAUGACAUCGGAGGCGUGAACCAGAUGGGCCACCAUGGACACAACAUGUACGGACACCAGGGCUACGGAACUGGUCAGCAAGGUUUCGGCAACCAAUACCACCAUGGUUCCGAAUUCUUGUAAACUUAUAACUAGGAUGUUCAUUUCGACUCCGAAUUAAAAGUUAUUAUUAUAAUAAAUGAUUAUGCAUCUUAUUUGGCUU